AUGAGGGGAGAGCUGCGUGAUCAAGGAUUGCGAUUUGCAGGCGCCUGGGUACUAGGGACUGUUCCAUUUGUGAUGAACAGCCGGCAGAGGAUGGCAACGCGCCAGAAGGAGCGCUUCACCGAGCUGCGCGACAUGUACCUCGAGAUGGACUACGACGUCAUGCGGAACAAUGAGCGCAUGGAUCAUGAACAACAGGAGGCUUUGCAUGCUGUGAGGACUGACAGGUCUCUGGACGCCUGUGUCAUGUUCAUCGCUUCGCUUCUGUUGCCCCGCAAGACGCCGACAGAGUUAUACCGUGAGGAGCCAGGCGAGCCUCGUCAGGGCAGCCAGCAACCAGAUAUUUUCUGGCUGGACGCGACACCAAUGCGACAGCCAGGGGGGCAGGAGCAAGAGAAGGAGAGGGAAAAGGCAAAUGGUGAGGAGAUGGCGGAGCCGGUUAUAAAAAACUCGCUCCUUCCGAACAACUUCAUUUCACGUGUUUGGAUCGGCCCUAAUGUCCGAUUAGGUUACAUAAGUUGGCCCAUGGGGAACCGAUAUACUCUCCAGUUGAACACAGAUAUAAAAAUUCAUACGGUUGUAGUGCUUGGGCUGGCUUCGCUCACCACACACUCCUUCGCUCCGCUGAAUUAG